AUGAACUGCCGCGAGCAUGCUCGGGAGCAGGAGUUCCUCCCCAUCAGCGAUGACUGCUCUCCAGAGGAGACAUUGCACGAAUACACUACUUCCAGCUCUUACGCCGCUGGAGAACCAGGACCUGCAAUCGAUAUCGACUGGGAUGGGCCAUUUAGCAGUGAAGAGCUAGAUUAUUUCCGGUCCCUCCCAGAACAAGACCUGAAAGCAAUCUACCCUUACGGAAUCCGACCACCAGAGAACCUCGGCCCCCACACGCCCUUCGACAGAUACGACCAGUUCCAUCAGGCACUCCUCAACCUUGCAGCUGGAGUAAGCUUGCGCGAUGUCAUGCGCAAUGGUGACUUUGAGAUUGACGGGAAACAGUUCGUCAUGCACAUGGCCAUCUUCUGUGUCAAGUCUCUUGGUUAUACCGAUCAAGACCGCUCCACACUGGAUGUUCAUCUCUCGGGCCUGGGCUAUACUGCUGCUGCUUCUCAUGAUGAUGGUGAUCACGAUGAUGGGACAAAUAUCUCGCACAGCCCGAGUGCAGAAGCAUUUAGUGAUCUACCUGAGGACCGAGAUGAGAACCAGCAUGAGGACGUAGUGGAAGGCACUGACAACCGACAACCACAAACUGGGGCCGUCGAGCAGAGUGAUAUCACGCCGCUCAUUGACCAGUCAGUCAAACCUCCUGAACCUUCCUCGUCCAAGCAUGAUCCUCCCAACGAACGACUUCAGAAACACGACCUGCCUAGCAACGCCGUGCGCCUAGGGACGGUCGCUUUGUCGACUUCCUUCAAGUUCCUGCUGACAGCCUGGCUUAGUGCGUCCCCAUUUCGCAUCUUGCUCAAAUUCAGCCAGACAGCUCUAAGCCUGGGAAUCUACGCUCGAAUGCUUACGGUGGAUGGCAAACAAAAAGGCAGAGUCGUGGGACCGCCGUUGCAGACUCGUGGAAAUAAGAACAUGGCUGAUGCAAUCAUUACGGUGGGCGGGGGGCGAAUACUCUGA